GAACUGUUGAAGCCAGUUGUGAAUUAGAACUUAGUUUUCGUUUUCUUAUCGGCAUCUAAUGUCUCUAGUAUGGUUUGAAAACAUAAGUCGUGAGCGUGGCAUCUACGGUAAAAGGAAAAACAGUGAACCAGUUUCCUAUAUUAGAAGGAAAAACAUCAGGCACACUCCGGUUUCGCAGAUAUUUCAGUCAUCUAGCUCAGGAACAACUUAUCACAGCCCGUAUAUUGUGGGUAGCAGAAAUUUGGCCCCAUCAACACAAAUAUUACACAAGAACACUUUAAAUGCCUACAUUAUUCAAGAGACGGAAAUGUUGGCUUUCUUUGAUCUUCUUGAGGAUAGCACGAUCAAAAAAUUCCUGAGUUUUGAUUCGUGUUAUAGACUGGCAGACAAUUUCUCAAUUGCCUGUGUAUUUGCUUACUUCAAGAGAUGCAACCUAACCAUUGAAGAGUACAAUAGAAUGAACUUUUUCUGUUGCCUUUUCCUGGUGCAUGACAUAGAAGAAGAUGAAGAGGACUACAAAUAUGAGAUACUUCCUUGGGCUUUGGGAUCACUUUGGCGGAAUAAGUCGUCUUUUUUUUCUAGACAAAAGGAGGCUCUAUGGGCAAGAAUGAAUUAUCGAGCUGUGGUCAGCUAUCGAUGCUGCACAGAGUUGAUGAGUAUUUUCCCGUCUCACUCAGUAUGGAGUCGAAACCGACUUCCCCAUCAUGGUGGAGCAAUAAGGUACAAUAUGAAUCCACCAAAUCCUGAUGUCUCCCAAGGUCCAAAAUCCCUACCAAGGCUUUGUGAUGAAUGUAAACUGUUUUACUCAAAAGAAGGUAUUCCCCAAGACAUAAUUUUAGACGAAAACCUUUCGGCUACUGAUAGUUCACCAAAUUUCAAUGAUUCUGCCUUUCACAGUCAUUUUGAAAAUGAUUCUUCUGGUAAUACUUGGGACAAAAGCGAUUUAUCGACAUAUACGAGGUCUCAUUCUCUGUUUACUUGCGCUGAUGAAAGUUGGCUUUCUCAAGAAACAUACUGCCACGACAAAGUUACCUCUGUCGUCGAGCGCAGAUGCGCUUUCUUGGAUGAGGAAUGAGAAGGACCUGAUACAAGAAUAUGGUCACUCCAAAUUUCACCAGUUAUUGAUCGUGCUGUGUAAAAUUUUAAUUUUUCAAACCCCGUUGCUUCAAAUAAUUUGGUUUUUGAACAUUUUAAAAUUAAAAUUUUAUUAAAU